AUGAUUACAAUAUUACUAAUAUGUGGAUGUGUGGAAACAAACCCAGGUCCAGCAGAUUAUAAAAAACACAUAAGUAUUGUGCACAACAAUGUAUGCAGUUUACCCCCUAAACUUGAUAUUAUUAGAAAUGAAUUUUCAGGAAAUGAUAUAAUUGCCAUUACUGAAACUCACUUAGAUCAGAGUAUUGACAAUAGUAAUCUUUCACUUGAUGGUUAUUAUCAACCAGUUAGAAAAGACAGAAAUAGAUAUGGUGGAGGAGUUGCACUGUACAUUUCAACUAGAUUAAAUUUUAAAGUUAGGAAUGAUUUAAAUUUUUCUGAUAUUGAAAUUCUAUGGGCAGAGAUCCAGUCACAAAAUCAAAAGUUUUUGGUUGGAGUCAUCUACAGACCUCCCAACUCUGGGUCUGAUUUUUGGGAUAAGUUUACAAGUACUGUAGAGAGAGCUCUAGAUACAGAGAUGAAAUUGUUUUUGUUAGGCGAUUUCAAUGUAAACAUGUUAGCUCCUGGGAAUAAUACAUUUAAAAACCUACUACUACAACUUAAUUUAAGUAAUGUUGUCUUAGAACCUACCAAUUUUACAACUGAUAUUGGAACUUGCAUAGACCUAGUGUUAACUAAUGAUCCAUCCAAAGUUAAGAGUGUUGUAGUCGAUGAACCCAUUUGUAGUUCUCAUUCACCUGUCUCUAUAGAAAUCUCAUUUCAAACAUAUAAGCAACAUGCCUUCAAACGCACAAUUAGAAAUUAUGAUAAUGCAAAUUAUCAAGGCCUAAACAAUGACUUACAAAAUGUUAAUUGGGAUGAAAAAGUGUUUACCUCUAAUAAUAUGAAUGACGUCUAUGAAAAUUUUACAUGCACUUACCUAACCUUAGUAGAUAAACAUAUACCAAAAAAGCAAAUUACAAUACGUCCAUCAGAUAAACCAUAUAUUACCACAGAAAUUCGUAGGAAAAUGAGGCAAAGAAAAAGAAUUCAUAAAAAGGCAAUGCAUACUAAAAAUCCAUUACACUGGCAAAAAUUCAGACAAGUCCGUAACGAAGUAAUAGACUUAGUACGGAAAAGUAGGAAGGAGUACAAAAUUAAACUUGUCUCUCAACUCAUUGACAAAUCUAUUCCACCAGGAAAGUGGUGGCGUAUAGCAAAAUCCAUUGCAAGGUUAAAGAAACAAAGUUCUUCCCCAUCCUCUAUCAAAUCACAAGAUGGUAGAAUAUUGAUUCAUCCAAUUGAUAAAGCUGAAGAAUUUAAUAAUUUUUUCUCUAAUAUAUCACAUAUUGAAAAUGAGCCAGAUUUGCCCGAACAUGGAGCUGGACCUCCAGACUACUUCUGUGAUUUUGAAAUAAAUGAUCAAGAUGUUCUUGAUCAGUUAAGCAUACUUGAUCCCUCUAAACCAUGUGGACCAGAUGGAAUUUCUCCCAGAAUAUUAAAGGAAACCCACAAUGAUAUCAAUACUCCAACAAUGUCCCUUACUCAAGAUCUUGAAAAGAUAAGAAAUUGGUCCAAAGCUUGGGCUGUAGAUUUUAAUAGUGAAAAAACUGUUAAUGUUGAUUUUACUAGAAAACAAAUAAGUUAUCCUAAUAUUCAGUUUGGAUAUGGAGAAUAUGCUGAUGUUGUAUGGGAUAAUUGUACCCAAAGUAGUUCAGAAUUGCUCGAAAAAGUUCAGAUAGAAGCUGCCAGAAUUAUUACUGGGCUUAGAGUUAAUUCAUCCAGAACUUGUUUGUAUGGUGAACUAGGAUGGGAACCAUUAUAUCUUAGAAGAGAAAAACACAAACUUCAAUUGAU